AACGAACGAGGUGGAUCCACAGUUCAGCAGACAAAAAUGUGUGCUUGCUGAGAGCGCAGUGUCACUGUUUUAAAAAAUUUUCUUCGGGAAAUGUGAAUAAAUGCGUUGUAUUUGUUUGUCGUUCCGUUUAUUCAAACAUCAUUAUGGAAUCCCUGCCAGGAACAGCAAGUCUUAUUGCAGAAAUUGACAAGAAAACCCUUGUGGUGCUACGAGAUGGCAGGACUUUGAUCGGGUUUCUCCGCAGCAUUGAUCAGUUUGCAAAUCUUGUCUUACAUCGGACUAUAGAGCGCAUCCACGUCGGCAAGCAGUUUGGUGAUAUUCCAAGGGGUGUCUUUGUAGUCAGAGGAGAGAAUGUGAUGCUUAUUGGUGAAAUUGAUAAAGACAACGAGGAUAAGUUUCCUUUGGAUCGGGUAUCCAUUGACGACAUCCUAGAGGCACAGCGAGCCGAACAGUUGAAGAAACAAGAAGAGGAGAAAUCAAGAAAUAAGAAACUUCUUGAGAGAGGCCUGCAACCUCAUGCAGACACAACACAUGAGGAGUUCGCUUAGCAUGUUUCUCAAGAAAGGAGAUUGCUCAGCACGGAUCUUAAGCUAGGAAAUUAUUUGAACCUUUGAAGUGUUCAGGGAAAGACUGUCGAGUACUUGAACUUUGAGGCGAGCUGUAUUGUGUAAAAAUUGACGAUGCGAGAACAAGAUGUUACAGUGAAGAUGUGUAUGUGCUCGCUAGGAAGGCCUGGACUGAUAUGCAAGGAAAAAGAUAACAUUUUCUGAUGGAAGGAAAUGGACCAAAUGAAAUAAUAAGCAAAAUGCUGUUAUCUCAUAAAUAGUGACAUGACAGCUUAUGAUGGGUUUUAGUUUGCUUUGUGUUAAAGGAAUAAGUUGUUCAGGAAAUGAACCAGUGGAGGUGGUGCUUACUGCUAUGACCUUUGACGGCAGGGUCAUGGACUCAUCCUGGAUAGCAACAUCUACAUUGUUUCGAAGUUUAAACUUUUAAGUUUUAGUCACAGGGGAAGACAAUCUCAACUCGUGAUUUAAAAAAAAACAAAUGGGAUAAGGUUAUCCCAGACAAAGAACUAGCAGUUCUGUAAAACUUCUUGCUUAUUUUGUAUUUAUAACUUCAAGAGGCUUGAUGCAAGUUGGGAUCAAAGACUUUUUCAGUUCAAUUUUGUCAUAAAAUUUUCUAAAAAUUAAUUAGGUUUAGGAACUGAGCUAUUUAGCCGUGCAACUGUAGUACAAUGACCGACUAAAACACUGAAUCUAAAUUGAAUUUAGACGAAUAAAUUUUGCAUAUAAAUCACAGAAAAGGUUGGCUGUAUAUCGACAGAGAAAAAGUGAAAGACUGUUUUUAAUUUUCUAUUUUUUUUAUUUGUUCUUAUAAUGUCUAACUUUCAUCAUACUUGACUGUGCGUACUCACCGAUGUUAUUGGUUACUCAGGUCAUGGGGGUAGGGCUCAAUGUAUCUGUCUGUUACAACAAAAUAAUCAUGGCGAUAAUCUCAAAUUUAUGGAAGCAUCGAGUUAGACUUUAUUAUCAGAGGACUGUAGGUGCAGCCAACGAAAUAACUAACAUCUUCUCAGAAUGUAAAACAAGGUUUAUGUUAACUUCAGAUGAGUUUCUUAUUGUCACUUAUACCAAUUUAUUAGUGCUACUCGGGCAAUUUGGAUGGCCUAUUUGUUGUUCAUAAUUAUAGCAUGUUGACCAUUGGCCACCCUAUUUUGAGAUGCUGAUUAAAUACAUCGAACCCCACGGAUGGGUUAAUUUAA